AUGCCGAAAACUAGGUCUCAGAGGAAUGUGGAUGGUACUGAGGGGGGCGCUCAGGGCGGCCCCCAACCAGUUCACCAGGAAGCCGACACAGGGGAGGUAAGGGUCGAGCUCUCGCAGAUCUCGCCGGAACAACUGGUGCAGUCGGUUGCCGCGAACUUGCCUACCUUUGAGGCUAUUGUGACGUACCUGAAGGGACAAUCUGGACAAUCUGGUGCGGUGAAGGGACAAUCUGGAGUCCCUCCCAGUCCGGAGCGUCGGGUGCGAAAAACGGGCAGAACAGGGAGUUCGGAAUCUCGAUCUGGAAGCCCCAGGUCGAAGAGGGCGCGAAGGGAGAUUACACGCGAGCAGGUCCAGGUGCCAGAGCCCUCUCAUAGGAAUUCCCGAACUAGCCAUCCGGAGCCCGUUCUGAGGCUUUCUCGGAUGGAGAUCCCUCACAGGAAGGAGGAUUAUCAGGUCCAGGAUGAACUGGAUCUCCUGCUGGAUCCAGAGGCGGAUAGGUACACUGCAUCUCCCUUCAUACCGGAUAUCGAAGAUUACCCUCUGCCUGCCAAGUUCAAAAUACCAUCCAUGAAGUCCUACGACGCGACCACAGAUCCGGAGGAUCACUUGUUUGCAUUCCUGACUCAGAUGCGCCUUCAGACAGCUGCUGAUGCGGUCAGGUGCAAGACCUUUCCGAUGUUCUUGGAAGGAAAGGCCCGACAAUGGUUUCAGGGUUUGCCUCCCAGGUCAGUUCGGUCGUUCAGCCAGCUCGCGCGGCUGUUCGCGGCCCAGUUCGUUUCCUCCCGCGCUUAUUCCAAAACCACGGCUCAUCUGAUGACUGUCCAUCAGGGGCCCGAGGAGUCAUUGCGUGAGUAUAUGGUACGGUUUAACAACGAAUCCCUUCAGGUGCGGGACCGAGAUGACAAGGUGGUGAUGGCUGCCUUCGUCAACGGGUUGCGCAAGCAGAAGUUGUAUACGGAGUUCGUAGAAAGACCUCCCAAGUCCGUCCGGGAGAUGCUAGAUCGAGCCCACGAGAAGGCGAAUGCCGAGGAGGCCAACCGUCUGAAGGGCGCCCAGGAAAGGUUGCGGGAUGACAAGCGAAGGAAGGGUGCCAACCUGGGGGAGUCACGGCCAGGUCAGGACCGAAAGAGCGUAUCCGAGCGCUUACCUCGGAGCCGACCUUGGGAGAAGGAAAAGACCUGGACUUCGCUCACCGCGCCCAGGGCUCGGGUUCUGGCCGUGAUGGAACAUCAAGGGAUCUCUCGUCCUCCUCGGCCGCUGGGGGGCGACAAAACCCAGCGAGAUCAGGGUUUGUAUUGUGCUUACCACAGGGAUGUCGGGCACGAUACUGAGGACUGUCGACACCUUAAGAAGGAGAUCGAAAAACUGAUACGAAGAGGUCAUCUCGGACAGUUCGUCCGUGACGGGCGAACGGACCAGAAGCCAGGAGGGUUCAAGCGAGAUCGGACGGCCAGUUCGCACGACCGACCUCGAGGUCCUCGUGAUCGUACUCCGGAGCAGGGGGUUCAGAACCUAGCUGGAGUAAUCAACACUAUUGCACGGGGACCUGCUGGAGGAGAUAGCCACACGGCUCGACGAAACAACCGACCUCCCCCUAGCGGAGAAAGCUCGAGCAAACGUUUGAAGAUGUACGAGGAAAUCAUCUACGGGCCAGAGGACGCGGUACCCUUAGCCUCUAAUAAUCAUGAAGCGAUCGUGAUAGAAGUUAUCACGUGCAACUAUAAGGUAAAGAAUGUGUACAUCGAUAAUGGGAGUGCCAUCGAUGUGCUGUAUUACAAAACCUUCAAGGAAUUGCAGCUGGAAGACAAGCAGCUCAUCCCAGUUCGGACUCCCUUGAUAGGUUUUGCAGGUCCGCCGGUUAGACCAGAGGGAAUGAUAACCCUCAUGGUCACGGUAGGGGAGUCACCGAAGUGCCGAACUGUACCGGUGAAUUUCGCGAUAAUGAAGGAGCCGUCUUCCUACAAUAUGAUACUAGGGCGACCAACCCUCAACGCUCUCCGAGCUGUCUGCUCGACCCUACACCUUAGCAUGAAAUUCCCCUCGCAUGAGGGGGUGGCCGAGGUGGUGGGGGACCCGGAGGUAGCUCGGGCCUGUUACAUUGCAACCCUCAAAGGUAAGGAGAAACUGGUGGCCCAAACGACCUGUCUGGAGCCCUGGGAGCCUGCUGAAAAGGAAAAAUUGAAGGAGGAAAGGUUGGAGACGGAUGAGAGUCUGGUCGAAUUGUCGAUCUGCCCCGAGCGAACUGAUCGCGUGGUAAAAACCGGAGCAGGUCUGAGCGAGCUGACACGGAGAGCUCUGGAGUCCUUGCUGGAGGAAUAUGCCGAGAUCUUCGCGUGGAGCGCUGAUGACAUGCCCGGAGUCCCUCCCGAGUUGGCAGUUCACAGGUUGCACGUUGACCCAAACAUCCGGCCAGUGAAGCAAAAGAAGAGGAACUUCGCUCCUGAGCGCAACGAGGUCGUCAAGGAAGAGGUAGGCAAGUUGUUGGAGGCCAAAAUUGUGAAGGAGAUCUACUAUCCGACCUGA